UGAGCUGCAACCAAAAUGGCAAAGUAUAGGCUCGUUCUCCUAAGGCAUGGGGAAGGAGCCUGGACUAAGGAGAAUCGCUUCUGCAGCUGGGUGGACCAGAAGCUGAGCAGUGAUGGGAUAAAGGAAGCUCAGAACUGUGGCAAACACCUCAAAGCUCUGGGCUUUGAGUUUGACCUCGUCUUCACCUCCGUGCUGAGCCGCUCCAUCCAGACUGCCUGGCUGAUCCUGCAAGAGAUGGGCCAGGAGUGGGUCCCCAUUCAGAGCUCCUGGAGGCUGAAUGAGCGUCACUAUGGAGCGCUGAUCGGACUCAACAGGGCAGAGAUGGCUCUGAAUCACGGCGAGGAGCAAGUGAAAAUCUGGAGAAGAAGCUAUGAUGUUACUCCACCUCCCAUCUCUGAAUCUCACCCCUAUUACGCAGAGAUAUACAACGACCGCCGCUAUAAAUGCAGUGAUGUCUCUCAGGAGAAUCUCCCGAAGGCUGAAAGUCUCAAAGAUGUGCUUGAUAGACUCCUUCCCUAUUGGAAUGAAAAGAUAGUGCCAGAACUGAAAAGUGGCAAAAUGAUUCUUAUCUCUGCUCAUGGCAACAGCAGCAGGGCAUUGCUGAAGCACGUGGAAGGCAUCUCCGAUGAGGACAUCAUCAAUGUCACCCUCCCCACUGGUGUGCCCAUACUUCUUGAACUUGAUGAGAAUUUGCACCCUCUGGGCCCUCACCAGUUUCUGGGUGAUCAAGAAGCUAUCCAAGCUGCCAUCAAAAAAGUGGAAGAUCAAGGGAAAGUAAAAUCUGCUGAGAAGUAAAAUCCCACUGUCUAACACAGCUGUGUUCAGCGUGGUAGUAACUGAU